CAUAGCCCGCCUUCUUUAAAGCUGGCUCACGCUCACCACGACAACGCCAUGCCGAGGGCGAAGCACGCAUAGCCAGGCAGACAGCAUUGCUCUGUAAGAGUAGUAGCUAGCUAGUUAUUGACAUGGCGCUGCUCGAAGCUGUGGUAUUCCCGCAAGAUCACCGCCGCCUCCCGUGCUGCAGGUCGUGCGGCAUAAGCUGCGUCCUGUGCGGCUAUGGCGUCGACGUCGUCGCCGGUGAGUUCGAGGGGAUCAAGAGGGGCGUCGUGGUGCAGGACGACGAAGAGCACGUGGCGACGCCGCCGCACGGGAGCGCCUGCUGUGCCUGUCCUGCGGACGUCGCGGGGGCGGCGACCAGCUGGGUUGGUCCGGCGCCGUCGACGUUGACGUCGUCCGCGCGACGGCCGGUGCAGCAGGCUUCGAACAGGAGGCGGCGGCGGCGGCGGCGGAGGACGACAGCGAAGGCGGCAAGGGACGUGGAGGAGGCGGAGAUCCAGCGGCUGAGCCACAUCGUCGUGGAGCGCAACCGGCGGCGGCAGAUGAACGAGUACCUCGCUGCGCUCCGUGCCCUCAUGCCGCCUUCGUACGCACGACGGGGCGACCAGGCGUCCAUAGUAGGGGCCGCCAUCAACUUCGUCAAGGAGCUGGAGCACCGCCUGCAAUCGCUGCAGGCUCACAAGCGCCACGCCGCAGCCGCCGGCCACCGCCCCGACCCCGACCCCGACCCCGAGCCAUUCGCCGGCUUCUUCACGUUCCCGCAGUACUCCACCGCCGCCAUGGCCGACGUCGACGACGCCCGCAGCACGCGGCGGGGCGUGGCCGACAUCGAGGCGGCCGUGUCUGACGGCCACGCGACCGUGAAGGUGCUCGCCCAGCGGCGGCCGGGGCAGCACCUGCUGCUCAAGCUGCUGCUCGGGCUGCAGCAGUGCCACGGCCUCGCCGCGCUCCACCUCAGCGUCACCACCACGGCCGACCGGAUGGUCUUUUACACCAUCAUUUUAAGGAUGGGGGACGGGUGCCAGCUCUCGUCGGCCGGCGACAUCGCGGCCGCGGUGCACGACAUCGUCGCCGACGUCAUGAACACCGCAGAAGGCGUGCUAUUACGUACUUAGCUAGCAAAUUAAGGAAAUCGUGAGUUCAUGUACAUACGUACGUGUGCGUGGUUUCGUCUGCGUGCAAGUAAAUUAUGGUGCCCCCGAUCCCAAUGAUCCUACGUCGCCAUCGUAUAAA